AAAAACGCGAAUCUUGUAGUCAUGCUGCAGUGCUGAAAACUUGAUAGCAUCUAAACAUCGCACCUGGAAGGAAAGAUUUGUCACUUGGCAAAGACGAUGAUCAAAGCAUGCUAUGCUAAGCUUCUCUCCUUAAAUGUGAGAAUGGUGGCGGAAUCCCAUAUGACAGCUGUCGAGAAUUGAGAUGUCAGAUUUAGAUAUGCUCCAAAAGCCAAACCAAAACUUCUUAUUUAAUCAAAUCCUAUAUCCUAUCACAUGACAUUAUCCAUAAAAUAAUCUGCAGUGUGUAUACAUACAUACAUACAUACUUGGUUUUUCUUGUUAUCUCUAGCGAUUUAAGUUUUCUGGGGUGGUUGUUUUUAAGUCUCAGAUUUGUCAAAUUAUCGUGAAAAAGUUUAUGAAUUCUAGGUGACUCUGAUUUUCCCAGAAUCAUUAACUUCUCUUGUCUCCCAUUUUCAUGAUUCAUCGGUGCUAAACAUGAACAACGUGAGAACUCCAUUGUUGUCAACGGAAGGAGAACAGCACAUCAAGAAUGGGAAAAUUGAAUAUAGUAAGUCAGUUAAUGCCCUCAAGCAUGAAUUCUUCUCCAAAUUGCCUGAUAAUGUACGGUCCGGGCUUGAGACCUGCAGGAUGAGAUCUCUCAGUCUUGUCCUGCAGGCAGGUAAAACAGGUACUCACAUAAUCUUCAACGUCUUCCAUAUCAACCUUUCUAAAACCACUUGCUUGAUUGAAGGCGAAAAAGAAUACUAUGAGAAACAAUUUGCUAUGUUGAGAUCUUUUGAGGAAGUUGACUCCCUGAAGUCACCUAAUGCCAUUGAUGAAGCACAAGAUCGUGAAGAACAAGCCCAACAUGAAAGAGCAAUGAACAUUUCAAACUGGGCAAAUGCUUUUUUGCUUGUGUUUAAGAUAUAUGCAACCAUCAACAGUGGAUCCCUAGCCGUUGCUGCAUCAACACUAGAUUCUUUGCUAGAUCUUUUAGCAGGGGGUAUACUAUGGUUCACAAAUUUGUCAAUGAAAACCAUAAACAUGUAUAAGUAUCCUAUCGGGAAACUACGAGUGCAGCCCGUUGGCAUCAUCAUCUUUGCUGCUGUCAUGGCUACACUUGGAUUCCAGGUGCUAAUUGAAGCUGUAGAACAAUUGAUCCAAGACAAACCGUCUGAAAAAAUGACUUCACAGCAACUGGUAUGGCUUUAUACGAUCAUGCUGACAGCACCUGCAGUGAAAAUUGUCCUAUGGUUUUACUGUAGAAGCUCAGGGAGCAAAAUCGUUCGUGCCUAUGCUAAGGACCAUUAUUUUGAUGUGGUGACAAUUAUAGUUGGUUUGAUUGCUGCUGUUCUUGGUGAUAAAUUUUACUGGUGGAUUGACCCUGCUGGUGCUCUCAUCCUUGCACUCUAUACAAUUACAAAUUGGUCUGGAACUGUGCUGGAAAAUGCAGUUUCCUUGGUUGGACAAUCUGCUCCCCCUGAAGUAUUGCAGAAGCUUACGUAUCCUGUCUUAAGGCACCAUCCUCAGAUCGAAAGAGUUGAUAUUGUUCGUGCAUGUACCUUCGGCUUCUUAUUCUUCGUUGAGGUUGAUAUUGAACUGCCAGAGGACUUGCCAUUGAAAGAGGCCGAUGCGAUUGGGGAAUCACUGCAGAUAAAGAUUGAACUACUCCAAGAAGUGGAACGAGCCUUUGUUCAUCUUGAUUUCGAAUGUAGGCACAAGCCUGAGCACUCUGUUCUCAUAAGACUCCCCGCCACUCAACCUUGAUACUUCCAUUUGUUUUUCUUCCAAGCUGUCAUCUUUCCACUGUAACACCAACUACCAAUAAUAUACAGUACCCAAUCCUCGAAGAAUAUUAAAA